ACCCCAAAAACAAACGAGCUUGCGCUGUUCUCACAAGGAAGUGCAGAGAGAAAUUGAUGCGCUUUUUUCAGCUGAGUUGGCUCAUAUGUCAAAAGCUGGUGAUUUGUUAUUUAUACAGCCUGAGAUAAAUUGUUCCCAAAGUACGCAGUACUAAUCUGCCAGAGGCGACCCGUCAAACCUUUGAAAAUGCCCCGGAGAAAGAGGACCGCAGGCAGCAGCUCGGACGGGACGGAGGACUCGGAUUUUUCCGCCGACCUCGAGCACACGGAAGCUUCCGAGAGUGUGCGCAGGCGCAGCAGCACGCGCCUGACUCGCGCGUCACUGCGCCUCAGCCAGAGCUCCCAAGAUAACUUCAGCUCUGUGCGGAGCAGUUCUCCUGCAGCUACGGGUCCUGAAGAAGGCCAGGAUUCAGCAGCAGCAGCAACAGCAGCAGUGGCAGCGUCGGUCUUCUCCUCUGGGCGCAGGGUCACACGCAGCCAGCAAGGGGCGACAAACACCACAGCCAAAAAAUACCCGCUGCGUCAGAGCAGGUCAUCUGGCUCAGACACAGAGGCUAAUGACCUGAAGCAGGGAGGGGACCGGGACGAGACCCCUCCUCGCACCCCGACAGGAAACGCCCCAUCCUCAGAGUCAGACAUCGAGGUCUCCAGCCCCAGCAAUGACCACGUGUCCUCUAGCAACGAUGUAGUAGUUUCGCAAGAGGAGGACGAGAGACUGGCCAAAGAGCUGUCACUCAAAGAGGCCGCCGCCCACGACCUUUCCCACCGGCCCAAACGACGGCGCUUCCACGAGAGCUACAACUUCAACAUGAAGUGUCCCACACCUGGGUGCAACUCAUUGGGUCAUCUAACAGGGAGGCAUGAGAGACAUUUCUCCAUAUCGGGAUGUCCUCUUUACCACAACCUCUCUGCUGAUGAAUGCAAGGGCAAGGCAUCGACGCGCGACAAACAGGCCGAAGAAAGGACGCUGUCGCACCGCCAGGACGAGAACAGACACUCCACAAGAAACCAGGCCCCUACAGAGCGUCAGCUGCGCUACAAGGAGAAGGUGACUGAGCUGAGGAGGAAGAGGAACUCUGGCCUCAAUAAGGAGCAGAAGGAAAAGUACAUGGAGCACCAUCAGAGCCACGGAGCAAGCAGAGAGCCGCUGCUGGAGAACAUCACCAGUGACUACGACCUCGAGCUGUUCAGGAAAGCGCAGGCACGUGCCUCGGACGACCUUGAGAAGCUUCGCCUGGCCGGCCAGGUGUCGGAGGGCAGCAACAUGAUAAGGACCAUUGUGUUCGGUCGCUACGAGCUGGACACCUGGUACCACUCUCCAUACCCUGAGGAAUACGCCCGCCUGGGGAGGCUCUAUAUGUGCGAGUUCUGCCUUAAGUAUAUGAAGAGCCAGACCAUUCUGCGCAGGCACAUGGCCAAGUGCGUGUGGAAGCACCCUCCAGGUGACGAGAUCUACAGGAAGGGGAACAUCUCAGUCUUUGAGGUGGACGGAAAGAAGAACAAGAUUUACUGUCAGAACUUGUGUCUGCUGGCGAAACUCUUCCUGGACCACAAGACUCUGUAUUACGACGUUGAACCUUUCCUCUUCUAUGUCAUGACCGAAGCUGACAACACAGGGUGCCAUCUAGUGGGGUACUUCUCCAAGGAGAAGAACUCUUUCCUGAACUACAACGUGUCCUGCAUCCUCACCAUGCCACAGUACAUGAGGCAGGGCUACGGCAAGAUGCUCAUAGAUUUCAGUUACCUGUUGUCCAAGGUGGAGGAGAAGGUGGGUUCACCUGAGCGCCCCCUGUCUGACCUGGGCCUCAUCAGCUACCGGAGUUACUGGAAGGAGGUGCUGCUGCGCUACCUGAACAACUUUCAGGGCAAGGAGAUCUCCAUCAAAGAGAUCAGUCAGGAGACGGCGGUGAACCCAGUGGAUAUUGUCAGCACACUGCAAUCCCUCCAGAUGCUCAAAUACUGGAAGGGGAAGCACCUGGUUUUAAAGAGACAGGACCUUAUCGAUGACUGGAAGGCCAAGGAGACCAAACGUGGUAAUGGCAAGACCAUUGACCCCACAGCCUUAAAAUGGACACCGCCUAAAGGGACGUAGGGGAGCUCCCUCUCACACUCAAAACCCCAAAACACACACAUAUACAGACAGAUUCUGCUCCGUACACUGGCAUGCUCACAGACCCCGAGUCUGAAUCAUGACACACACUCUUGUUCAAAAAGCUUUCAGCAGCUACAGUCAGUCCCUUUCAGAGUCAGCCGUUACUCUGGGUUCAGCAGUCACUGUCAUGGCUCGGGGGAAAAAAAUGCAACAUCAGCUCAACGAUUUGAUGCCUGUCCAGAAUGGAAAACUUUGUUUGGAUAUAUCAUGAAAUUACAACAAAAUGAGGCAAAAUGAAUUAUAAGGAAUGUUUUUAAUGCAUAAAUUAAAAGCUGCCAUCAAGGGAUCAGAGAGGGCUUCAUUUGAACUAAACGCUUAAAAUAGUUUAAAAAGAUGUACUGUAUAGCCUUAUUGCAAUAUAGCUGCUUCAGAUGUCCUUGAAUAAACAACCGUGUUCCACUGGCUCUGACUCCCCUAAAAUUACAGUAAUAUAUUACAUUACGGCUUUUUGGGAUUUGGCUACUUACCUUUUUUGUAUGGAGCCCCAAAGUGUUCGAUUGACUUAAAUUAAUAAAUAGUUAUGUAAAUAAAUAAUCACAUGAAUAAAUUGGGUAAAAUAUAUAAAUUAAACGGUAAUUUUGUAAAUAAUUUAAGAAAUGAUUCAAACUCAGGGAGAAAAGGGCAGAAAGAAAAUAGAAUGUAAUAAAAAUAAUAUUCAAUAAAAUUCUGUUGUUACGAAAAUUAACGAUGAAAUAACAUUUCAUUAAAAUAAGUUGAGUUUUAAAAGAUUCUUCAGUUAUUUCACACAUUGUUGGUUCAUUUAUCAUUUUUACUCAAUUUAUUUAUGUGAUUAUAUUCAUAUUCAUAAUGUAUUUUUUUUAUUUAUUUAAUAUUGAACACUUCCAUAGAAGAGAAGCAGAUAUACAUCGUUUAUAUUUUGGGUUUCAGGCUCCAACUAAGAUUGUUACGUAAAGCGUGACUAAAAUUCAAAUGAAUGAGAAACGUAACAGCCGGUGAUGUCAGUCUACGGAGGAUCACCGCUGAUAUCUCCUCAACCUCAUUUGUUAUCUGAAGAGUGAAAGUAAUUGUGCGUCGUUAGUCCACCUCCUCCCAGACACUUGAUUAGCACAGAGCACCAGGCACACCCGGCUAAUCCAAUCUGCGACAGCUGGUAUUAUUAAACCUGCGCUUCAUUUCAUUCUGUUCUCGAGACGGCCGACACAACGCAGGUCGGCAGCCCGCUGACUCAUGCAACGCGUUUUGGCAGACACAAACCAGCCAGCUGUGAUUAAACAGGAUAAGGCCUGAGCCCAAAAUACAUAAAGUUUCUAGAUCUGACCUCGAUUUAACACCCAGGUCACAUGACUAAAUACAGCGUUCCCCAGCAGACUGGAAAAGAUUUGAAAAUUAAUUUGAUCAUUUCUUUCAGUUGAAAAGAAAAUUUGAAAGCGGAGGAUAUUUUUCCUAAUAAAUAAUAAACUAUAUUUUCAUUUCACAUGUAAAUGAUGUCCAGAACGUUUUUACAAUUUUGUCAUUAAAAUGUCUUUAGACAUUUGAAAUGGUAUGAAGAGUUGCAGGGACCUGGUCUCGGGCCAGAUCUUUUACCUCCUGGAGAGAAUCUCUUCUCGUGUAAAGAAUGGUAGACAGGCCAGAGCGUGCAAACAUUUUUCUAACUGUGGCUGUUUGAACCCAGAGCAAAUCAGUAACUCCGUGUGUCUCCGUCGUGCAACAAAUACACACAUUGUGUCCAGUAUUUAACCCAUCACACCAGUGAGGCGGUUAGUCAGGAAGCUAUAGCUGCCAUUGGCCGUGUUUGGAGCGUGUUAUGUUAUGUCACCAGGAUGGGACCUACCUGGAUGUGUUUUGUGACCACCUCUCUUCCCUUCUUUUUUAACCUUUAAUCCUAGUGACGGCUGUGUUGAUUUAUGAUGUCCACUGUUAUAUUCAGAACAGUAAAGAUGCAUGGGGAGUUUCAGCUGUUAGGAGCGUUGGAGCUCACAAACGUGUUGCUGUGUCCGUUGUGGUGUUUUUGUUAAAGUUCUCAAUGAUAUUUUAUACUUUUUCUACCUCUAAGGUUCACCACUGUAUAAAAGCUAGAACAGCCCAUUUUAAGCUUCUUUUAUUUUCCUUUUUUAUUCUGUGUGUGUUAAUAUGGGAAACUAUGUAGCUGUGUUCGACCAGCAAGUCUUUUAUUGUUGUUUUUUUAACUAGAUUUAAAUAUAUAAAUAUAUGCUAUUUAUAUUCUUAAAAAAUAUGUUAACUGCGUAUAACGUACGGACAAAGUCUGCUAGAGGAAUGUGUACACUAUCGGACCCGGCUUCCUUGUGAAUAUAAAUAUUUAUCUCAAAAUUGUGUGUAGAUUUGAAUGUGUCUAGAAGCUCUUUAAAAAGGUACAUUAGGGAGAAUCUAGGGCAUCCUCCCACCAACAAAGCCAAGUCAUUUACUUUUCAGACGUUAAUCUCCUGUAAUCGAAAGUGACGUAUGAUUGAAUCAAAACGUAUCACUUUUGCACAUUGUCACUACUUGUUACCACCAUAAUUGCUGCUACAAGCAGUUAGGAAAAUACAAGCACAACCUUUUUGUGUAGGACCAGUAAGCAAGGUCGACAGCAUUUCUGUAUUAUUUUUUGUUCUUUAUAGCCCACUAUGUUUGAUUGAAAACUGAUUUUAUUUUAUUGACAAUCUCCAUAUUUAUUGAUUUGGAUCAACUUUCUAAUUUUGUAACCAGAUUUUAGGAUUUGUUAAAGGAAUAGUCUGACAUUUUGACAGUGACUUAGAUGAGAAGAUUAGAUUGCAGCCGGUUAGCUUAGCUUCCCACAAAGACUGGAAACAGGGGGGAAACAGCUAGCCUGUUUCUAGCACACAACUCCCUGUGAAACAACUUAAGUUGUUUUUACACUUCAGUUUUUGCACAGGUUACGCAAACAAGCUAUAAAAUGUUAGAGAGCUUUACAGGUGCUGCUAGGCAGAUCUUGUUACCUUUGAAAAGAGCCAGGCUAACCGUUUCCCCCUGUUUCCAGUCUUUAUGCUAAGUUAAGCUAGCCAGCUAUUGGCAGUAGCUACAAAUACUUCUUACAUGUAGCUACCGCAUUAGAGUGGUAUCCAUCUUCUCAUCUAAAUGUCGGCAAGAAAGCAAAUAAGUGUAUUUCCCCAAAAUGUCAAGCUAUUCCUUUAAACAUUGUGCGUACGCUUAGACGGCAGUUGGCUGUGAAAUUGGAGGUGUGUGGCCAAGAAUGUCAGAUUGAAUCAAAAAAAAUGUUGAAUGUUUUUUGUUUUGUUUUGUUUUGUAGCUUUUGUGUUACAGUUUCAUAUGUGGAGGAAUUGUUUUCCUUUACAGACUACAGCCUUGAGUUUCAUUUGAUUUUCUUAUUUCAUAGAAAAAGCAAUGUUGCCUUUAAAUUCUAUAAUGUCUUUUUUAUAGUGAUGUUUUUCUUUCUGCCAUCUGUGGAUUAAUUUGUCUGUGUGUUUGCAUGUUUAUAUUUUCUCUAAACCGUGUGGUUGGUUUUCCUGUCUUCAUUUGGGUUUCACACGAAGGGGUUCAGGAGUCCCGUCACUGACUGGCAGACUUAAAAUCAAUACAGCCCAUUCAUUUCAGAGGAUGACAUUUAUCCUUUUAGCACCUGUUCUCAAAAAAACUCCCUGAAAUGUGCUACUGACCGAAAUUACGACUAGACAGUGGGGUUUUUUUUUCCGUCUUUGCCAAUUCUUAAGUGCAUUUACAGGAAAGUGCACUUACUUUUUGAACAACCUUUAAAGGGAAACUUCAUCCUAAAACACAGCUCUUGAUGAUGAUGUUCUUUACAUGACUGGGCCAAUUUUGUUCUUGACUGUACUUUUGUGUUUGUUAUGUUGAAAUAUUACCUGCAUAGGUAUGAUGGAGUGGUUGAAGUAAUCAGCGGAUUUGGUUUUGGGCCCUCACAAUGAAAGAGGGUGGGCGUCGUUUUAGGGCUGCCAUUUUGUACUAAGAUUUAACAUACAAGAAAAAAAAAAUCCAUAAUAAGCAGAGAAAAUAUUUUCUUUUCUCACGGUAACAGAAAAAGGAACUGAAUGUACUUUGUUUCUUGACUGGCAAUUCAAUUUAGUUUCAUUAAACCAUGAAUUAAAACACUGUCAAAAAAGACCCCUGGAAAGAGUCUAACAUCACAAACCGAUCGUAUUUAAGCUUGUGAAAGUCUCUGAAAGGGAUUUUCUUCUUCAUUUUUCUUUCUCAUUUAUUUUUUCAUCCUGUUGUGUCACAGUUUUUCCUCUGUGCCAGUGGCAGCUAUAGAUAGGCAGCUUCAGAGCGCCUUGCUGGUUAUUAACACAUCUGCAUUGGGUCACUGUUAGAGGCAUUCCAUCACCUUCCAUAGGCCACCAGCGAGCUGUUGUAGUAACGCAGCACUUCAACGCACCCAGCAUCCUAUUUAAACUACACACUCAAAGUAGACACUCACAAAAGUAGCGUGGCAUCGAUAUGUAGCUCAGUUGUGCUUUUGUACUUGCUUCUCCCCCUUCCUUCCUCUUCAAUAAAUGCAAACGGUGAAACACA